AUGGAUGUUGACAGUGAUUCUAGUGAUGAAGAAGUAAUAACAGCAUACUACUAUUACAGGAGAAAUAAAAAAAAUAGAAGGUUUUGGGUUCAUCCAUACAUCGAAAAAAAUUUUCAUCACCGAUUAUUCAUUGCUGCAAGAGAAUUGAACCUUUCCGAUACUAAAUUUUUAUGUUUUUAUCGGAUGUCAAAAGAAAGUUACUUAUAUUUGGUGAACCUGAUUUCCCCUGCCAUAAACAAGCGAGAUACAAACAUGAGAGAGUGUGUGAAUGCCGAGGAACGGAUAUUAAUUACACUCAGAGGGCAAUUAAAAGGGCAGUUAACAAGGUUCAGUACAUAUGUAAAUAAAGAUUCAGUGGACCCAAUCGAAAUUAAAUGUCGAAGUAAGAGGAUGGAAGAAUUAUGGUCAGAAUUUGAUCAAGUGCAAUCUAAAAUAGAGUCAUUUGAAAACGAAACUGAUGAUUACCGUAUAGAGUUUGAAGAAAUAUAUUUUAGCGCUAUAGCGUUAGCAUUGAAAUUGGCACCGAUAGAUGUACCAAAAUUUUCGGGUGCAUAUGAGGAAUGGUCGGCUUUCCACGAUAUUUAUAUGGCAAUGAUACAUAAUAAUCCAGGGAUAGAUGAUAUACAGCGAUUUUUUCAUUUGCGUUCGUGCCUAAAAGAUGAGGCGGCACAAGUUAUAAUGUAUAUAGAAACGACAGCCGCAAAUUAUAACGUAGCGUGGAAUAGCGUGGUGUCUCGAUAUAAUAAUAAAAAGGUGUUAGUGCAGUCACACACGAAAGAGUUGUUCGAUAUUCCGGCGAUAAACGAGGAAGCUGUACAAUUAAGAAAAUUAGUAGAUCAAUUAAAUGGUCAUAUAAACGCGUUGGAAGCACUAGGAGAGAAACCUAGAGAGUGGGGCUCAAUAUUACUGCACCUUAUCGCAACUAAAUUAGAUUCCAGUACACUCAAAGCGUGGGAAACGGUAUCUCCUAAAAAUGAAAUACCCAAAGUACAAGUGUUACUUGAAUUUUUAGAAAAGAGAUUUAAAAUCAAGGUCAAAUUAAAUUAA